AUGCCCUUAUCCUUGAGUGAGCAUGCUAGUCUUAAUGGUAAGAAAAAGACCCAAGUGGUGAGACAACUGCAUGAGAAGGCACGAGCAAACAUUGAGAAAUGCACGGAGCAAUUUGUCAAACAUGCAAACAAGGGACGUAGGCAACUACUGUUCGAACCUGGAGACUGGGUGUGGCUACACAUGCGCAAGGAGCGUUUUCUUGAGAAGAGGCGAAGCAAGUUGAUGUCCCGUGGAGAUGGGCCCUUUCAAAUCCUUGCCAAAGUCAACGACAACGCCUACCAACUUGACCUUCCAGGUGAGUACGAUGUUAGCUCUACUUUCAAUGUUGCUGACUUACUUCCAUUUGAUGUAAGUAACGACUUCGAUUUGAGGACAAAUCCUUCUCAAGAGGAAGGGAAUGAUGAGGAACCACCAAGACCUCAAGUCGUCACUUCACAAGGCUCGAGUAAGAAUGAUCUUGAGGAACCACCAAGACCUCAAGUCGUCACUUCACGAGGCUCGAGUAAGAAUGAUCUACACGCACCAUCAAUAAACCCUGGACCAAUGACUCGAGCAAGAGCAAGAAAGAUGCGUGAGAACCUCCAAACAUUUCUCCAAAUUGUUCAUACACGCAUUGGAAGGAUUCAAGGGGCUAAACACACGAUGGUGAGCCUACUCCAAGUUCAUGAAGAAGCCUCAAAUUACUAG